UUCACUCCUCUGCGCCCAUUUUCCAUCAAGAUCCACCCUGGUUCCCUGUUGCAUACCCUCCAGCAUUUCUCCAAUGAAAAUAGGGACGUCCUGUUCAACAACAAGUGCUUUAAAAAUUGUUUAGGGGCACUGUCAUUUUGACUCCAGAAAAAUCACCAUUUUACAGUUCAAAUCUGGAAAAAUAAUUACAGUAAAUGGACAAAAGUAUAAAGAUUCACAAAAUGUUUAGGUGUAUGUGUCCCCCCCCCCCGGAUAAAAGCACUGAUGAUAAUAAUAAUAUUUAUACCCCACCCAUCAUACAUAAAAGCUUAACAUUAAGCAUAAAAAAACAACAAGUUCCCCGUACAGGGCUGCCUUCAGACACCUUCUAAAGGUUGUAUAAGUUACUUCUCUCCUUGGCUCAGGGGUCACAUAACUCGAUACUGUCCAAAUUUCCAUACCCUCCACAACAUUUCUCCAGUGAAAAUAGGGAUAUCCUGUUCCAUAGCAAUGAUAAUAAUUCUCUGUGUGGCUUCCAACACAUAUAAAAACAAUGAAACUAUAUCGGGCUGCCUUCAGAUGCCUUCUACAGGUUACUUAACUCCUUGGUUGAAGAGUCACACAACUCCCUGCCGUACAACAUUUCUCCAGUGAAAAUAGGGACGUCCUAAGGAAAAGCGGUACAUUCCAGGAUCAAAUCAGACACUGGGACGGCUUUUAUAAAUCCAGGACUGUCCCUGGAAAAUAGGAACACUUGGAUGGUCUGCUGUUCUCUCAGCUUGAUCCAACAGGAUAAUGCACUACCACCACCAGCAGCCAUUUAAUAAGGUUUUAGGCUGCACCCCCUGUGUCUCAAGACCAGGCCAUUCAAACGUUAUUCAUUUAUGUCCCCAUUUUUCCUCCAAAGGAGCUCAAGGUGGCAUAAUCAGGAGGAGGCCAAGCGGGGCUGGUGGUUUCUCCUCCUUCUCCAGCCAUGGAGGGGAAAGAGGAGGGCAAUGGCAGUAGCAGGAGAGGAGCCACCAGCCAUUGAAGCUGAACUGCCACUGCGUUCAGCUCCGUCCCCUGGUUCCUCCUGAUAUCCCUUUAUCACACACAUGUCAUGCGUGUAUCAUCACACACACCAUCUUCUGCUCAGGUUGGCACCUCCGCGCUGAACUGCCUAUAAUUAUUCAAUAUUUGUCCCACAAGUAACAGUAUCUGGUCACUCCUGUUCUACACCACACUUGAGGCUAUUGCUUUGUGGGCCCUUCCUCUACAGCAGAGCUUUCCAAACUCUGUGUUGCGACACAUUAGUGUGUCGGCUGCAGUGUGUAGGUGUGUUGCACGAACACUCCCCGCACUCCUCUCAGGUGUGGAAGGGGGUUUAGUUUAACCUCCACUUUCCUAGUGAUACUGAAGUAAAGGUAAAGGGACCCCUGGCCAUUUGGUCCAGUCGUGACCGACUCUGGGGUUGCGGCGCUCACCUCGGCCAAGGGAGCCGGCGUACAGCUUCUAGGUCGUGUGGCCAGCAUGACAAAGCCCCUUCUGGCGAACCAGAGCAGCACACAGAAACACCAUUUACCUUCCCACUUGGAGUGGUACCUAUUUAUCUGCUUGCACUUUGAUGUGCUUUCGAACUGCUAGGUUGGCAGGAGCUGGGACCGAGCAACGGGAACUCACCCCAUCACUGGCAUUCGAACCGCCGACCUUCUGAUCGGCAAGCCCUAGGCUCUGUGAUUUAAUCCACAGCACCACCUGCGUUACUGAAUUACUGUGUCACAAAAUGAUGCAUGUCUGAAAAGUGAGUCACCAACAUGAAAAGUUUAGAAAGCUCUGAUCUACAAGGAAGAGGGAUGAUGAUAAUUUGCUUAAUGCUGAAAUUGCACAGUUGUGGCAGUGGGUUUGUAUAUACAGAAAAGAGUCUCAUGGUGCUUUUAAUAACACAUUUAUUUAUGCUUUUUUUAUUGUGAAAACCAACAAACAAACUAACAAACAAACAAACAAACCACAAGGUGGUUUACAAAAAGACUUAAUAACCUUACAGUACUUUGAAACCACUGGAAAUGACCACUGGGCACAAAGAGAAGAAUUAACAUCAUGCAUCUGCACCAGCAAAACCAGACACCGCCAUGUGCCCCACCUGCAAUAAAACAUGUCUCUCCUGUAUUUAUAUCUACCGUAUAGCGACAGUAGGUGCUGUAACUCUCCAGUGGUUUAAAUUACCUCAAUUUUCUAACAAUCUGAGUAGGCUUCUGAACAAGAAUGUUUAUCAUGGCAUAAAUCUACCUGGACGAGUGUCCCUUUUAUCAGAUACAUGAAAUGCUAUCCUUACUUGGCAGACACAGAAGAAAAUAUGUAAAAAGUGAGUUCUGAGGAAAAGGGAGGCAAGGACACCAGGCUGUGACAAUUACAUUAAAACCUAAAUGGAUGUAAAAUAAGUACAGCAACCAUUCAAAAAUGAAAUAUCCUGGUAUUGGUAGAUUACAGCAUAAUCCAUUCCUAACCAUGUCUGCUCAGAAAUUAAGGCUUAGUCUGAAGUAAAUGAGAUUAUAAUUGCAGUCUUAAUUAGCACCUGUAAUGGGAUAAAAACGUGUUAUCGUGAUUCAGGCUGUGUGUGUGUGCGCGCACACACACACACACACACACACACAAGUACCCAUAUCUGUUGUAACAAUGUGCAUUGUGUUUUGCAGGGCAAAAAGGAGGUAAGUUGAAGGGACUGAAAAUUUAAUAAUCAAAUUUGCAUUAUUUCUACUAGCAGAUUCAAUUAGCAAAAUGUCCAGGCAAUUGAGUGCAGGUCUUGUUCUCUGUCCCUCUCUCACACUUUUAAAAGAAAGCAAUUGUGAUACAAAAACUUGUACAAUUCUGCACUUGCCUACCUGGGAGUAAGUCCUAUUGAAUACAGUGGAACUUAUUUCUGAGUACUGUAGACAUGAACAGGAUUCUGCUGUGAACAGGGAUUUUUAAAAAGCAUGCUAGUAUACCAGUGAAUUCAUUUAUGAUGAAAAAUACACCGGAUAAUUAUAAAGCUGCAUUGUGGCCACAGGAAUACAGCUUUAUAUUUGACAGAAUGAAUAAAAUACGGAAUUAGUGAAGUGAUGUCCACAGUAUUUAAUACAUAAGAAAUCCACAGUUUUCUUCAUAUUUGGACAAAUGCAAGUUUCCUCCAAAGAGCUCAAGGCAGCGUACAUUGUUCUCCUUCAUUUUAUCCUCGCCUUAAAGCUAUUGCAUGGGAAAAUGGUGGUGUUAACCUAGGUCUCCCAGUUAAAGUAAUGGAUUACUUUGUGUAUGAACAUCAGCAGGUGAAUCCAUACAGUCUUUUCUCACUGCUAAGUAAUUUUUGCAGCCACCUUGUGGGGAAUAUCUGUAUUAACAUACCCUUUGUUUAGCAGGAAAUGGGAUCUAAGUAAGGAAUCGUCGACACUGUUAGGCAAAUGCAGCCAUAAUCUUUGACUGUUGGUGAUCUAUCUUCAUGUUCUGCUACCUACAUAGUGCUGCUUCAAACAAAGAGAUAUAUGAAUCUGCCCUGAACUGAGUCAGAACAUUGAUCCAUAGGGCGGUGUAGUAUUUUCUACUCUGAUGGUGGGUGGAGAGGAGACUGUAGAGAGGCCUGGGUCUACAACUGCCUUCCCACAAUGGAAAAAGAUUUGCAUCUGUCUGUCUUGGGAGGUAAAGGUAAAGGGACCCCUGACCAUUAGGUCCAGUCGUGACCGACUCUGGGGUUGCGGCACUCAUCUCACAUUAUUGGCCGAGGGAGCCGGCGUACAGCCUCCGGGUCAUGUGGCCAGCAUAACAAAGCCGCUUCUGGUGAACCAGAGCAGCACACGGAAACGCCGUUUACCUUACCUAUUUAUCUACUUGCACUUUGACGUGCUUUCGAACUGCUAGGUGGGCAGGAGCAGGGACCGAGCAACGGGAGCUCACCCCGUCGCAGGGAUUCGAACCACCGACCUUCUGAUCGACAAGCCCUAGGCUCUGUGGUUUAACCCACAGCGUCACCCGCUCUUGGGAGAUAAGUGGAUACACACCCCACCUAAGUCCCAGUAUAUCCUUCAAGCUGCCAAGAAUGCCCUUGGCAAUAGAGGCUCUCACUUCCCUCCAUUUAAAUGCAGAACUCCUUAGGGCCAGACUUCAGUGGAGUAAUAAUAAUAAUAAUAAUAAUAAUUAUUAUUAUUAUUAUUAUUAUUAUUGUAUUUGUUCUCAAGACAUGACCUGGAUGGGAAUGGGAUUUGAGUGAAGGGCAAAGAGCACAACAGUUUCAAGCCAAACCCCAGACAGCUUACCCUGGUUAGCCUCCUUGCCGCAGCUGCUUUCUCCUACUGAAAACUAGGAGGAAGUGCUUUUUGGUGGGUUCUUUCCUAAUCAAACCACUCUCUCAAAGGCAUUUCCUCUCAGUUCCAGGCAUGCUGAGAGAAGGGGAAAAUGCAACUGUGGGUAGCGUAGAUUGGGGGGGGGGGGGAGGUGCUUCCUUCUUUCUUAUGUCCCUUCCACCCUGCUGUGAAUUUUUGAUGGACACCACUAGUAUCUCUUGAUGUGCAGGGCGGCCUGUUCAAUGAUCCUGGAAUGCAGAAGAUGCACGUCGGCAGGACACCCUGACUGAAAACCUGUGUGGUUUGCAACAGCAAAAUGGCAAAAGUUGACGGCGUGAUAAAUGAGGACGCUGCCAGAUUGGAAAUUCUUUGUCACUGCUUGGUAAGAUGUGUCCAUUCCAACCUUGUACGCCUGCUAUCAUCAGAUAAAGAAUGUACAGCCUUGCCCUAUGCAUUACCCAAAGCUCUCUUGGAGUCUGGCACUUUGAAAAGGGCUUUGUGGUUUUCUAGGGUUCUAGGUGGCUAAAGGUAAAGGGACCCCUGACCAUUAGGUCCGGUUGCAGACGACUCUGGGGUUGCAGCACUCAUCUCGCGUUAUUGGCCGAGGGAGCCGGUGUACAGCUUCCAGGUCAUGUGGCCAGCAUGACUAAGCUGCUUCUGGUGAACCAGAGCAGCUCACGGAAACGCCGUUUACCUUCCCGCUGGAGCGGUACCUAUUUAUCUACUUGCACUUUGCCGUGCUUUCGAACUGCUAGGUGGGCAAAAUGAGCCCAAUGUGGACAAGAAUAGGCCAGAGUUUUGACCUUUGCAUGUAAAUAGCAUUGAUUAUAAAACAACAUUUGUGAGAGUAUUGUUUUUAAAGGAUAGAAAAGGGGUAAUACCAGAAAAAUCCAGUCUGCCUAAAAGCAUCAUUGUUAAUUAUUGUAGAAGGUUAAACAAACCUUGUCUUUGCUUCCAAGUUUAAGCUGCAGAGGAUGGAUAAUACCUAAACAAUAUAUCAUCUCCUAGUGUCUAAAUCCAUUGCUACAAAUGCUAUUCCACCCAAUGUAUCUCCAGAAAUGUAUAUCUGAGGGUAAAAGGCAUACAAUAAUAUGUAUAAUGUAAUAUGUUUUCUGUGAACCGCCCUGAGACCUCCAGGUAUAGGGCGGUAUAUACAUUCAAUAAAUAAUAAUAAUAAUAAUAAUAAUAAUAAUAAUAAUUACACUUAACAUUAAAAACCCAUUUCCAUCUUGUGAAAACAAUGUGGAAAGCUAUAAAAAGGGUAAAAACAGAAGUGAGGAGGAGGCAAAGAAACUCAUUGUAAACCUUCUUUGAGAGUCAGGUAGCCGUGUUGGUCUGACACAGUAGAAAUAUAUAUAAAAAUAAUAAUAAUAAAUUGACCAGUAGCACCUUAGAGACCAACUAAGUUUGUUCUUGGUGUGAGCUUUCGUGUGCACUUCUUUGAGAGACUGCUGUUAAUUUAUAAUUUUGAGGCAUACAAUGUGGGCAUGUCUUGUGUUAUUUUCUUUUUGGUUACUGUCUGCAUUAAUUUUGUAUCUAACGAAUCCUUGAUAUUUACAGGGCCCAUGACUUUAAAAAUAUUUUCCUGUGGUAAUGGCAGGACUGAAAAAGUGGAUUUUGCAAGGCCUUAUGGUUUCCAAGAGCCUGGAAGGGCAAGCACCUGUUACACAAUGAUUCAAGGACCUUGCUACAUUUGAACGUAUUUCUUAUAAACAUCAAUUUUGUUUGGAUAUCUGUCAGGAAAUUUUGACGGGACUUUGGGGCAAAGUGGAAGAGAUUCGAAAGCAUCACACUCAGGGUCUUGAGUCAUUUUCCAGUUUUUGCAUGAAGGCACUAGGAUUCCUUAGCGUGACAUCUGUGGAUGGAACCAGUCGAAGAAUUGUGUGCAUCUGUGCUCUCCAAUUCUACAGAAAGAGAAUUUAUAGGAAACUAUGAGAUCCCAAGUGAGUACGAGGAAGAGAUUCCUCCUGGAGAUGAUCCAGAGAAGGUGCAGCAAGAUGAGCUUCUACCAAGACAAAAUGAAGAAAAUGCGUCUCAGAGUGAGGGAGGAGGCAUUACAGCUGAGCAGAUGCAAAGCAAUUGUCCUGAUCAGCAGCAUAAUGAACCUGCAGAUCGAGAUGGUUGCCUGGGACUCCGCCAAGACACCGUGUCUCCACCUGGGAUUCCCUUGGGAGUAGAUCCUUUUCGUUACACUGAAGGUGGGGAGAGCGUCCAAUAUAAUUCAAGCCUUAAUGUCCAACCUGAGAUCUCUCCAGUGGGAGAGAAGCCUCAUAAGUGUAUUGAAUGUAGCAAGAGCUUUAGCUGGCGCUCUGACCUUAUUAAACACCAGAGAAUUCACACAGGAGAGAAGCCCUACAUAUGCAGUGAAUGUGGGGAAAACUUCACUGUGAGUUCUCACCUUUUUACACAUAAAAGAAUCCAUACCGGAGAGAAGCCUUUCCUUUGUCCCGAGUGUGGGAAAUGCUUCAGUCGGAACGCGCACCUUGUGAACCACCAAAGAACCCACACGGGGGAGAAACCCUUUGAGUGUAGCGAGUGCGGGAAAAGCUUCAGCGAUUUCUCAACCCUGACUCAGCACCAGAGAACGCACACAGGCGAAAAGCCCUAUAUAUGUGUUGAAUGUGGGAAAGGCUUUAUACAGAGUUCACAUCUCGCAAGGCACCGGAAAACCCACAUGGGAGAGAAACCCUACAAGUGUGCUGAGUGUGGCAAAGGCUUCCGAUACAAGACGCAUCUUGUACAACACCACAGACUUCACAUAGGAUAGGAAAGCAGGGGGAAGACGACUGCCUUGCCUAUAAAAGCUAAUGAAUGUUUUAAGUUUCAUGGGGAAAUGAAAUAAAGGAACCUUAAGAAAAGUAGUGUUUUUAACUGUAGUGAUAAGAGGCCAGAGCUGUACUUUAAGUAGGAAACAUGUUUGCUGUGUAUAAACCAUUGCUUGCCAAGUCAGUGUUUAAACUAUGGGUGGCAUGUGUGUCUGGAAAGCCUGGCCAAACUUAUGUGGAAGGACUUGUGCGGCACUGGGGCAAUGUAGGCUGAAGCUUCCCCAAGUAACAGGGAGGGAAGCUGGAUGUUGCAAGUCAGGUAAUUUGGGGAGGUGGGUGAGUAUAGUUGCUGGAUUGAUGAGAAUGGGAACUUUGGACCUGUAGGGAUACAGUCACCAAGACAUCAGCUGAUGUGCAGUAAGUGAGAGGAACACUUUGUUUGUCCUUAUUUAGAGAGCAGAAAGCAUGUUGUGUUGUGUUGUUGAUUCCAAAUGGUGGAUUUGGAAACCCCUUCCUUUUUCAUCUGCAGGUGGGAAAAUUCCCCUUCGUCUUUCACGCAAUAUCUCCCCUGAUUGCAUUGAUGUGUGUAUGCGCGCACAUGCUGCUCUAGGGGCUCAGCCAAACCUGGUGUGUUGGGGAAGAGGAAGUGGAAGAGGUUUUGAACAUGUUAACAAUGUUAACUCUACUUUUCUCUGAAAUAAAA